UCCCGCCGCCGCCGUCGUCUUUCUCUGUCUUGGCUGAGGCAGCCAUCUUGUUCUUGCCGCGUGCUGGUGUUGGAGGACCCUCCCUGCUUCAGAUUUACCAACAGCAUGAAUCAAGAAAAGUUAGCCAAACUUCAGGCUCAGGUCCGGAUAGGGGGCAAGGGUACGGCUCGCAGAAAGAAGAAGGUGGUACACAGAACAGCUACAGCUGAUGACAAAAAACUUCAGAGUUCUCUAAAAAAACUGGCUGUGAAUAAUAUAGCUGGUAUUGAAGAGGUCAACAUGAUUAAAGAUGAUGGGACAGUUAUUCAUUUCAACAAUCCCAAAGUCCAAGCUUCCCUCUCUGCUAAUACCUUUGCAAUUACUGGUCAUGCAGAAGCCAAACCAAUCACAGAAAUGCUUCCUGGAAUAUUAAGUCAGCUUGGUGCUGACAGCUUAACAAGCCUUAGGAAGUUAGCCGAACAGUUCCCACGGCAAGUCUUGGAUAGCAAAGCACCAAAACAAGAAGACAUUGAUGAGGAGGAUGAUGAUGUUCCAGAUCUCGUAGAAAAUUUUGAUGAGGCAUCAAAGAAUGAAGCUAAUUAAAAUCUUUUCUGGUUUUUGGAAGCUGGCAUGGACUAGAUUUAACAAAUCAGCUAUGUGGUUCCAAAGUUUUACAGACACAGAGAACAACAUCUGUUACUAGUUCAGUAAUAUAAAUAUUUUGUAUAUUAAUAAUGCUGUUUGUUCAGCAUUUUUCAGUCAUUUGAUUUUGCAUUUUGCACUUCCUCCCAGGAUCUGUUCUUUUGGUCAAAAUAUGAAGUAUUGGUACAGUUUAAGGGUGUUUUGCUUUUUGAUUCUUGUGUUUUGGGGGGAGGGGGGUAUUUUUGGUGUAUGUAUGUGUGUAUGUAUGCGUGUAGGUAUGUGUGUAUACAGUAGAGAACAAAUUGGAAAACAGUUCUAUUUAUCCUCCUUCCUUCCAUAGAAAUAAAACAAAUCUUUACAUUUGUUCCUUUUUUUUUUCCUAGUAAUGCAUAGAAUUAAUAAAAAAUGAGUAUCUUGGACUUCAGAUCUAAAGAGAUUUUACUAUUGGGAGUUUGGUUUUAAUUUGCUUGGUUAACUAUCAUUUUUCUUAACAUUUCUCUGGGUUUAAAAUGUCUUGAGAUAUUUUGCCACCAGCUUCAUGCUGGAGUAAUGGGUAGCAUAUCUUUGGUGUGGUUGCCUUAGAUUCACUUACCUAGUCAGACCCAGAAGAAUUUCUUUUACUAGCUUUCUUCCUAAAUGCCUUUUUCCCUCUCCUUUCGGUCUCCACAUGACCUGGUCAACCUUUAGUAAUGCUGUUCCUCAUCUUCCACCUCACUAGAGAAGGAUGUUCUCCGUAUAGAGUUAAAUGAGUGCCUAAUCCCUCUUUUUGUAAGAUUUUGUUCUCAUCUUGAGGAAUAAUAGCUUCGUCUUCAACUUUUUAUUUCCCCUUGGUUUUACACUUUGGUAGAUUUCAAAUUGGAAUAGUUAGCAUGUGCUUGCUCAAUAAUUUUAUGCCAGCCUUAUCCUAUAUCCUAGCUGUUCUUAAUAGCAGGUGCAAAAAUGCCUCCUUUUCAGCAAGGUUGAAAUUGGGAAUGUCCUUUGGAAUCAGAAGAAAAUAGGCCAGACAUCCCCCAGCAUAAACGGGCAUUCUGUGAAAUGGUACUGGCCCCAGGAGGAUUUCUUCAACCACUCUCCUACUCUUGGCCUUGAACCUACCUCUGGUUUGGAUCUUACUAUUGUAGCUGCUCACAGCACCCUCCUGCAUGCUUAGAGUAAUGCUUUGGGGGGAGUACUGGUAAAACAGUAUUUAUUUUUCACCUCCUUUCAGAGGACUUGGAGGUAAGUUGCAUUCAUUCACUCAUUUCCCUCUUGCUGUCUGAUAAAAGCUUGCAUUUUGCUAUAUCAGAAUUUAUUAUAGCCAAUAUUUAAGGAUAAGAUUUUAGAAAUUCUGUCAUUUCAUGGCCCAUCAUUGAACUAACUACUGCUUAACCUUGUAGCAUACCAACUUUUGUUUCAAGCUAGAUGUCUUUAUUUGAUAUCUAAAGUGUAAGACCAGCAACAUAUUGAGAGCUCUAUAGACAUGAAGGCAAAGCUCUUACGUUUUUUUCAUCCAGACGCCUCAAUUUAUUUUAUGAACUUGUUCAUUUUUUUCUGUUAUGUUUUAUAUAAUAUUUGGACUUAAUAACAAAAUAAAAUAACAGUUAUAACACUACAAAAGAGGAGAUUAUUUCCUCUUGUGCUUCUCUUAUUGUUGUAUACAGAAUUUUCUCCUUUUGUAUUUUCCCUCUACUCCCCACCCUCAAAUGAAUUUUAGUGCAGUCACUGUUUGAAGUAAUAUCUCAUCCCUUGGUAGAUCAGUAGCUCCACAUGGUCUACAUAGUCCAGAAUUCUGUUCUUCUGUCAGGAAGGAGCACAUUGUAGAGCAUGUAGAGCAGAGAGUUAGGGGAACCACUUCAAGUGGUUAGGGACAGGUAAGAGAUAGGCAGUAUAGCGAAUGAAAAAAGCACCAUCUGGAAGUCAGGAGAGUUGCAUUCUAGUCCAGACUCUGCAUUAAUUAUGUGACCUUGCACAAGUCAUCUAACUACUCUGAAAUUCAUCAUCAGUCAGAUGAGAUAUUUCUAAAUCUAAAGUUUCUUCUGCUUUUGCAGUUCUGUGAAACUCAUUUCUGAAAAUUCUGAAGGAAGGGAUUUUUAUCAUCUGUUCAGAGAUAUCUUUAUUUUCAUCAGUACCCUUAACGCUUUGUGUAUAUGCUGUUUUCCCUUUCAUCACAUUUUAGCUUUCAUCCAGAGGAUUUCUGGUCAGUACUCCCUUUUAUCCUGUUGACAGCUCUUAAUGGCUGGCCUCUCUUGUGUACAACGAGCCAGUAGUUUUUGUCCUGUAUUUUAAUACCUUCCCCUUUCCUGGACAGAGCAUAUUGAGAUUCUCAAAUCCUCAAAUGGUCCUACCUUCCAAGUGGGUGGGCAUAGGGUUAGAGUAAGAGUAUGGAUAAAACUUUUGUAAGUUGUAGUGUUCUUGGCAGAAAUAUGAAUUAAAUAAUAUUUUGUAUAUAAAGAAGUAGUUGCUAAGUAUGUGCUUUUUACUAAGGUUGGGUAUUUUUUGCCAAGAUAACAAUUGUAGAAUAAUUUUCUGGGGAAAUUGGCCUUACAAUUUUGGGAUAAUUCAAGAAAUGUCUGCAGAAAAUUGAUUCAUGGUCUAAUUUUUGUGGUUUGUCCAUUGAGUUUUUUGUAAAGCUCCUUAUUUAUCUGCUUUAGGGAAGCCCAAAGUAAGUUUGUUUUAUAUUUGUUUUGUCAUUAUUUUUCCAUUAAGUAAUAGUUUAAGAAUACAUCAAGAACCUUAAUUUGUUAAGUAGUACUUACAGGAUUUCAUUAAAUUCAUUUUAAUAAGCCUA